AUGAAAAAUCUGAAGCUUUUCUCGGAGGUUUCUCAGAACAUCCAACUGCAUUCGACCGAAGAAGUUGUACGGUUCGCAGCCUAUGACAUCGACCAAAGUCGCUUAUUCUUCGCAUCUUCUACUAAUCUCGUUUACGCCCUUCACCUCUCUUCUUUCCAAAAUGGAAGAGCUGGGACAAAAAGUGCUUUGCCUGUGGAGGUUUGCAGUAUUGAUUUGGAGCCUGAAGAUUUCAUCAGUGCCUUUGAUUAUCUCGCUGAGAAGGAGUCUCUAUUGAUUGGGACUUCUCAGGGGCUUCUGCUGGUGCAUAAUGUGGAGAGCAAUGUGACUGAGCUAGUUGGAAAUAUAGAAGGAGGUGUCAAGUGUAUCUCGCCUAGCCCGACUGGAGAUCUACUCGGAUUAAUUACUGGUUUUGGUCAGUUGCUUGUAAUGACUUAUGAUUGGGUUUUGAUGUACGAGAGGGCGAUUGGAGAGGUUCCUGAAGGUGUUCACGUACGUGAAGCAGAUGGUUUGUCUGUAAAUUGUGGGGGAAUUUCCAUUUCCUGGAGAGGUGAUGGAAAGUAUUUUGCGACUAUGAGUGAGGUUUAUGAAUCCGGUUGUAUGUAUAAGAAGAUUAAGAUAUGGGAAAGUGAUUCUGGCGCUUUGCAGUCUUCUUCGGAGACAAAAGAUUUCAUGAAGGGGAUUCUUGAAUGGAUGCCUAGUGGGGCGAAAAUCGCAGCUGUUUAUGAGAGGAAGUCAGAUGAUGGCAGUCCAUCAAUUGCCUUCUUCGAGAGGAAUGGACUUGAGAGGAGCUCGUUUAAAAUUGGUGAACCAGGAGCUACUGUAUCAUGUGAAACUCUGAAAUGGAAUUCUGCGUCAGAUCUUCUUGCAGGGGUUGUUCGUUGCAAAACACAUGAUGCCAUUAGGGUGUGGUUCUUUAGCAACAACCACUGGUACCUGAAACACGAGAUUAGGUAUCCAAGGGAAGCGGGCGUAAUGGUCAUGUGGGAUCCAACAAAGCCACUGCAGUUAAUAUGUUGGACUCUUGCAGGGCAGGUUACGAUUUGUAAUUUUAUGUGGGUAACGGCUGUCAUGGAGGACUCAACAGCCUUUGUUGUAGAUAACUCCAAGAUACUCGUGACACCACUAUCUUUGUCCUUGAUGCCACCUCCUUUGUAUUUGUUCAGCCUUAGUUUUUCUUCAGCUGUCAGAGAUAUAGCAUAUUACUCAAGGAACUCUAAGAAAUAUCUGGCUGUGUUCUUGUCAGAUGGAAACCUGUCUUUGGUUGAGUUUCCUGCACCUAAUACUUGGGAAGACCUUGAAGGCAGGGACUUCAAUGUGGAGAUUUCAGACUGUAAAACAGCGCUGGGCUCUGUUGUACAUCUUCUAUGGUUGGAUGUCCAUUCACUUCUCUGCGUCUCUGCUUAUGAUUCUAGCCAGAACAAGUGUCUCUCUUCGGGGUCGUAUGAGACAGAGCUUCGUGGUUCUUAUUUACAAGAAGUUGAAGUUGUCUGUUAUGAGGAUCAUGUUCCUGAUCAAGUGACAUGCUCUGGCUUUGGGGCUAGCGUUACUUUCCAAACACUUCUCGAAUCACCGGUAAUGGCUCUUGGCUGGAAUCCUAGUAAGCGUGAUUCAGCCUUUGUAGAGUUUGAGGGUGGGAAAGUGCUUGGCUAUGCAGCAAAGUCGGGCAUUAUGGAAGCUCGUAGUAGUGAUGAUAGUGUCUGUUUUCCAUCUACUUGUCCUUGGGUGAGGGUGGCGCAGGUUGAUGCUAGUGGGGUGCUCAAACCCUUGAUAUGUGGGCUUGAUGAUAUGGGUAGACUGUACAUCAACGGGAAGAGCCUAUGUAAUAACUGCAGCAGUUUCUCAGUUUAUUCAGAGUUGGCCAAUGAAGUGGUUACCCAUCUGAUUAUUUUGACCAAACAGGAUUUCCUCUUUAUUGUGGAUACCAAGGAUGUACUGCAGGGAGAAAUGGCACUCGGAAACGCGUACUUUGUUAUUGAUGGUAGGAAGCGGGACGAGGAAAAUAUGAGCUUUGUAAAUAUUUGGGAAAGAGGGGCCAAAGUAGUAGGAGUUCUCAAUGGAGAUGAAGCUGCUGUAAUAUUACAAACUAUGCGAGGGAAUCUCGAAUGCGUUUAUCCUAGAAAGCUGGUCCUCUCUUCCAUUAUGAAUGCGUUAGCUCAGCAACGGUUCAAAGAUGCAUUAAACUUGGUAAGGCGUCAUAGAAUCGACUUUAAUGUUAUUGUCGAUCUAUAUGGGUGGCAAGCAUUUCUACAAUCAGCCGUAGAAUUUGUUGAACAAGUAAACAAUUUGAACCACGUUACAGAAUUUGUUUGUGCCAUGAAGAAUGAGGAUGUUACAGAAACACUGUACAAGAAUUUUUCCUUUUCCAGAAAGGACAAGGUUUCGCAAGUGAAAGAUCCAUGCAGUAACAAAGUAUCAUCAGUUCUACAGGCAAUUAGGAAAGCUCUUGAAGAACAUAUACCAGAGAGUCCAUCAAGGGAACUCUGUAUUUUAACCACUCUUGCCCGAAGUGAUCCACCAGCUAUUGAGGAAUCUCUUUUGAGGAUAAAAUCUGUUCGUGAAAUGGAGUUACUGAAUUAUUCUGAUGAUUCAAGGAGAAAGUCUUGUCCAUCUGCAGAAGAAGCCUUGAAACACCUUCUGUGGUUAUUGGAUUCUGAGGCUGUAUUUGAAGCUGCCUUAGGUCUUUAUGAUCUGAACCUUGCAGCUAUUGUGGCACUCAAUUCCCAACGCGAUCCAAAAGAAUUUCUACCUUAUCUUCAGGAGCUGGAAAGAAUGUCUGAACCCCUGAUGCAUUUCAACAUUGACAUUAAAUUGCAACGUUUUGAUAGUGCUCUUAAGAACAUUGUAUCAGCAGGGGAUGACUACUUUCCUGAUUGCAUGAAUUUAAUGAAGAAAAAUCCUCAGCUUUUCCCUUUGGGCCUCCAGCUAAUUACUGAUCCUGAAAAGAAACAAGUGGUUCUAGAGGCUUGGGCAGAUCAUCUCACUGAUGAAAAACAUUUCGAGGAUGCCGGUACUAUGUACCUAUGUUGCUCUAGACUGGAAAAGGCUUCAAAGGCAUAUCGUGAAUGUGGUGAUUGGAGUGGGGUACUCAGAGUGGGGGCAUUAAUGAAAUUAGGUAAGGAUGAGAUCUUGAAAUUGGCAUACGAACUCUGUGAAGAGGUCAAUGCUCUUGGGAAACCAGGGGAAGCAGCCAAAAUAGCUCUCGAGUAUUGCAAAGACAUAAGCGGUGGAAUUAAUUUGCUUAUCAAUGCGAGGGAAUGGGAAGAGGCUUUAAGGGUUGCAUUUCUGCAUACAACAGAUGGUAUAAUCUCGGUGGUGAAGAAUUCUGCUCUGGAGUGUGCUAGUGGUCUAGUAAGCGAAUUCAAAGAAUCAAUAGAAAAAGUAGGAAAAUAUUUGACCCGCUAUUUAGCUGUUCGGCAGAGACGAUUGCUACUUGCAGCAAAGCUCAAGUCCGAGGAACGAUCAGUAAUUGAUCUUGACGAUGACACAGCUUCAGAAGCAAGUAGCAACCUGAGUGGAAUGAGCGCCUAUACUUUGGGGACAAGGAGAGGUUCUUCUGCUUCAGUCAGCUCAAGCACAGCUACUAGCAAGGCAAGAGACUUGAGGCGCCAGAGAAAGCACGGGAAAAUCCGCCCGGGCAGCGUGGGUGAGGAGAUGGCCCUUGUUGAGCAUUUGAAGGGUAUGCGUAUGACAGAAGGAGGAAAGCGAGAGCUGAAGUCGUUGUUGAUAUGUUUGGUAACACUUGGUGAAAAGGAGUCUGCACAGAAGUUACAACAGACUGCAGAGAACUUCCAGGUGGCUCAAGUAGCAGCAGUGGAGCUAGCAGAUGAUACGGUGUCCAGCGAAAGCGUCGAUGAAGAAGUUUAUUCCUUUGAGCGUUACGUUCAGAAGACGAGAUCCACAUCUCGAGAUUCUGAUGCCUUUGGCUGGAUGCUUAAGGUCUUCAUUAGCCCAUGA